UGACAGUAAUAAUGUAGAAAUAAAUUUCACAAACAAAACACAAGACACUAAUAAAUUGACCAAUUUUGGGAAAGGGCGAACCGCAUUUCAGAGAAUCCUUGAGAUGAAGUUCCGCAGCAAUGGAAGGACUCUCUGGACUUUGGCAAGGAGCUCGGUUAGGCAGCAGACUCGAAAUGCGGUCGUCAAAAAAAUGCUAAUCGCCAGCUUUAGCAGCAGUUCCAAGGAAAACUUAAACUCGGAUCAGCCCAACCUUCUAAAGUACCACGUUUUACCGCUCGAAGAGACCCUGAAACGCUUUAUGACCACUGUUGAACCCCUGCUGUCUCCCGAGGAGAUGGCCAAACAGAAGGAUAUAACUGCCAAGUUCUUGAGGAGGGAUGGUCGCGAUCUGCAGAAGCUCCUGGAAGAAGUUGGCCGCAAGGAGAAGAAUUGGUUGGCCCACCGGUGGUUGAAAGUUGCCUACCUACAGUUUCGAUCACCGGUCACCGUCUUUGUGAGUCCCGGCAUGACAUUUCCCCGACAAUGUUUUGAAAAUACCCACGAAUUUGUUGACUACACGUCCAGAGUUAUCUUCGGAUUGGGUGAGUUCAACGACCUGGUGCAUGCCAAAAAAAUUCCGAUUGUUAAGAUGGGCGGAAAGGAAUUGGACAACAGUCAGUUUGGCAAGGUAUUCGGCACAUGUCGGAUACCUAGGAGAUCUACCGACGACAUCGUCUAUAAUCCGUGCUCCGAUUAUGUGGUGGUGAUCUACAAGAAUCAUUUUUACCAACUAAAAAUCUAUGAUGAGAAGGGAAAACUUAUCAUCGCUCCCUGCCUGGCUGUUCAGCUGGAGGAGAUCAUGUCGAAGGAAUCGAAAUGUGGAGUUCCCUAUGGUAUUUUGACCACCGACUCGAGGGACAACUGGGCCGAGGCCUACGAACAUCUCUCGAACACACCUCGAAACAGUGACGCCCUGAAGACCAUUCAAAAUGCUCUAUUUACCGUCUCUCUGGACAAGUGUACCUCGCCAAAAGAAGGUCAAGAGGACGAAGAGUUAAUUCUAUCGCUGAUCCAUGGAAAUGGUAGUAAAGCCAACAGUGCCAAUCGCUGGAUGGAUAAAACCAUCCAGUUGGUGGUGAACCCGAAUGGAAACGUGGGAUUCACCUACGAGCACUCGCCAGCCGAGGGUCAGCCCAUCGCCAUGAUGAUGGACUAUGUGGUGAAGAAGCUGAAGGAUGAUCCUAGCUACGGGGAAUGCGGUUCGGAGGAUUUUACGCCGGCGAAAAAAAUACAGUUCUGUGACGUUACUAAAUGCGUUGAGCAAUGGCUGAUGAUCGCUCAAAGAAACAUUGAUAAGCUGGCCAGGGCGCUGCAAAUUAAGGUUCUUCGGUUCGAGGGCUAUGGAAAGGAUUUCAUAAAGAAGCAGCGUUUGGGACCGGAUAGUUUCAUUCAGAUCGCCCUUCAGUUGGCCUUCUUUAAGCUGCACCUUGAGCCAGCGGCGCAAUAUGAAUCGGCACAUUUGCGCAUUUUCGAUGGCGGUCGAACCGAAACUAUACGUUCGUGUUCCAAUCAAUCCUUGGCCUUCUGCCACUCCAUGCUGGAUCCGGGUUCCCCGGUUCAAGAAAAGGCUGAAAAGCUUCGAGAGGCGGUGAUGUGCCAUCAGAUGUACGCCAAGUUGGCUCUUCAAGGCAGGGGAGUCGAUCGCCAUCUGUUUGGACUAAAGCUCAUGGCCGUGGAGAACUGUCUGCCCAUUCCAGAGUUUUUCACAUCGCCUGGAUAUGUAAAGUCCACUCACUUUCGCAUGUCGACCUCCCAGGUGGCCACGAAAUAUGACGCUUUCAUGGGAUAUGGUCCCGCCGUAGACGAUGGAUACUCCUGCUGCUAUAAUCCACGUGAAAACGAUAUUAUUUUGGCCAUAUCUGCGUGGCGCCAUUGUCAGGCAACAGAUCCCUUUAAAUUGGCCAAGAGCCUUGCGCAGUCCUUUUCUCAAAUGAGAAAUGUUCUGGAAAAUUGUCCGGCCUCGACUGAAAAACCCCUGCAACCUAAUUGCAAGCUAUGAAAAUGUUUUUUUAAAGUCCACAUUCAUAUUUUAAAUUUAAGUAUUUCAUACUAUAAUGCGAUUAACAUAAUAUAAACCUAAACUUUAAGAUU